AGACUCGAGAGGCCGAGCGAGCACCAAGGUACCUCUUCUACCCGUCUCCCUGCCUUCAUAUCCCCGCUGUAACCUCCAUCUAACCCGGCUUCACCGCGCCUCCCAUCCUGCUUUCGACUCGCCCCGGGUCGCCCCACGCACGGCUCCAUCUCGGGCUGUCUUGUCGCGUUAGCUUUAGCACGGAGCUAACGAGGAUGCUGCUGCUGCUAAUUUGCAUGACAACAGCGAAAACUAAUAUUAGCCUCCUCCAGCCAAUCAAGGUGGCAUCGGGAGCGGGGUUUUAGCACGCUGGGUUCCCGUUUGUCGGAUUUGAUGGCGAUCGGACGGAUUGAUUGAAUAUUUCUUUGUGCGAUUAGCAGUGUUCGGUUAGCAGCGUUAGCCUCGUCUUGUUGUUCUUAGGGGAGGUUAGCAGCUGUGGAGUUGGGGAUUGUUGCUUUUGUUGUCUGCGCUCCCUGGAAAAGCCUUUCUAGCGUAGUAUUACGGGCAUUCAUAAUUUAAGUUGUGUGGAGCGGGCAAUGUUUUGCCAGUGAGCCGUGGCCAUGGAGGGCAAGGGUCCAUACCGCAUCUAUGACCCGGGCGGGAGUGAGCCCAAAGAGCAGAGCUACAGGCAGCUGCUGGAAGAGAACAGCAUGCUGCGCGAGAGGAUGAAGGGCCUCAAGAGCCUAGGGGACUUACUAGAGGAGUCCCAGUCCGAGGCGUCCCGGCUGAGGCAGAGGGUGGAGGAGCUGGUGCGGGACAAUGAGGCCCUGAAGUCCAGCAGCAUUGCAGCCAGUCUCUGCACAGGAGGAGGGCCCAUGCACACUGAGGGACUGGGUAAAGUGUGUCUCCAUCCCACCUCGGAGCAGAAGGACGACCAGACCAUCUGUUUAGGGAAGACUCUGCAGCCCGAGAAGCCCAUAGAGGCCUUAUCAGAGUUUGAAGUGGUCAACAUGGAGGGCAAGACAGCAGACGCCUUAACUGCCGGGUCGGUGAUCCCCCUCCUCCCUCAGGAGAACAUUGAGCUGGCCUCUCAGCUCAAACGCCUGGAGAGCUCCUUCAGUAUCUUCGCUGAGGAGUCCAACCCCAACCAGCUGCUGGCCCACCUGGGACGCAUGGCUGUGGAGUUCCACCACCUGUCCUCCAAAGUCCAGAAGAACGAGCAGAGGACCUCCCUGCUGCAGACCCUGUGUGAGCAGCUGAGGCAGGAGAACAAUGAAUUGCGCAAGAAAAUGGAGGAAGAUCACCACAUCCGGAACAGAGACCUCGAGCAGCUCAGACAAGAGAACCAGAAGCUUAAGGAGCUGGUUACUGGGGGAACCACAGCAGCCCCACAGCCCGACACCACAGAGCCAGGACAAACCAAAGAGGAGCCGGUGAAGGAGGAGUCCACGGCUGUAUGCUCCAAGAUGGAGGUCAGCACACCACAGAAGAGCGGAAAAGCAGCAGAGAAGACGCCAACCAAACAUUGUGACAUUGAGACCUAUGAGAAGAAAAUCAAACUGCUGGAGAAACAGAGGAAAGAUGUUUUGGAGGUAAACAAACAGUGGGACAUUCAGUGGAACGCCAUGAAGACACAGUUUGAACAAAAGAUCACAGAUUUGCGGCAACGUUUGGCUGACUCUCAGAAGACGGUAAUGGAGCUGGAGGCGGAGAGGGAGCAAAGGCAGAGAGACUAUGACAAGAAACUGCUCUUAGCAAAGUCCAAGAUCGAAAAUGUCCAGGGAGAGAAGGAGUGCCUGAACUCUGAGACAACGGAGCUGAAACAGAAGAUCCGCUACCUCCAGGACCAGCUGCUGCCUCUGAGCAAACAGAGGGAGUACCAGGAGAAGGAGAUCCAGAGACUCAACCGGGCUUUGGAGGAAGCCCUGAACCUGCACCCGCCCUCCACGUCCCAGCCGCCUCCAGGACAGAGCAACUUCAGUGACGCAGCCAACAACCUCAAGAAGCAAGAGCUGCUCACCCAGAUCCAAGUCUUAAAGGAACAGGUGAAAAUCUUUGAGGAGGACUUCAGGAAAGAGCGCAGUGAUCGUGAGCGCAUGAACGAGGAGAAGGAGGACCUGAGGAGACAAGUGGAGAGACUACAGGGUCAAAUCACCAAUCUGACCAACCAGCUGCACCAGGCUCAAAACGAGUGUCAGAGAGAGAGGAGCGAGCGCUGCAAACUGGAGCGACUGCAGAUGCAGCACCAUAAACAGGGGCAGACUCAGGACAGACGUGACCCCCCCGCUCUAGGCCCCGCCGCUGUGCUAGGCCCCGCCCCCCUCAGCCCUCCCUACUGUGGGCCCUUUGUGCAGGUUCAGGGGCAGGGGCUGGAGGCGUGGCCCGUUCACUUCCCCCCGAGGAUCGUCACGGCAACAGGGCCUACAGCUGCCCCGCCCCCUGCACGAGACUACCCGCCCAACGCCCCGGGUUUCCCGUGGCAGUCGUCCUUCUCUCAGCCCAGAGGAGCCAGAGCUGUGGGGGAGAGCCUACGACCGCCUCCAGAGAACGCAGACCAGUCAGCAGCAGCCACAGUGGCGCCACCUGCUGCUGCCUUUGCGAAGCGAGAGCGACAGCCCGCAGACCCCGGGAAGCACUGAAGCCUGCGGAGGCCCUGGUCUGGCAACAUUUUCCUACUCAACUGUAGAUAUCUCCGACAGUGUGUUUAUACUUGGUUUUCUAAGGCUAUUUGUGGACACUUGGCUCUUCUCUACACACAUGGAUUUGAUUUUCCUCUUUUUUAUGAUCAGGAUUUGGAGUUGUUUGUUAAAUAGGUUGGAAUAUGUGAUUGUUCUUUCUGCAAAUAUGUAUAAAAAACACAAAAAAGUGGCACUUAGUUUUGUAGGGUUUGAACAAGCCAUUCCCCGGGUCAGACAAUAGGACGCCAUUCCAGCCAUACUCCAUGUGAAUGUGACAGGACAGCGCACGCUUUGGGAAAUAGGGUUUAGAAAUACAAAUAUAAAUAUGCAGUGCAAAUAUUCCUCUUUUUUUUUUAUUUUUUAUUUAGUCAAGACCUUCAGGGUGCCACUUGACCCUCUCUCCAGGUAUGAAGGGUACGGCUUUUAUUUCUGCUGCUCAUGUCCAACCAGGAAGUAAAAUUUAAAAACUAGAAAUCCUUGUCAAGAUUUGUUUUCAAAUCUUAAAUAUAAUGUUGACUACCAGUAUAUUUUAGUGAAAUGAGCGCUCUAACCUGUCAUAUGCACUUUAAAUUAAAAUGCAGUACGUUGAAAAUCGCAUGGAGAGAUGUAAUAACUUGCCCUACUAUGGUCAACACAGAAUUAUUUUUCAAUGCAGAAAACAUUUUCAAAUGCAUAAAUAUACUGAAUAACAUUUAAAUAAAAUGUUAUGUAUUUUUUAUUCAGUUUCUACAAUAAUUCUUUAAGCUGACGCAAAAAGCACAAUGAAGGACCAAUUAACAAAAGUACAAUUACAGUUUCUCACAAUAUUGCUGAAUAAACAAUCACUAUUAAUUAAGAAAAUGAAUAUUCAAAACAAAAUUGUCAAAAUUUCACAAAAUUUUUUCGCAUUUCAAAUCUUAAUUUCCCUAGCCGUGUGCUGUCCCUGUCUUCAUUGAUGUUAUAGGACUGUCCCAUGUAAACCAAUGGGAAAAAUAUUGAAAUUUUUGGAACUUUGUUUUUCUGAUUAUUUUCUAAAGCAAACGAUGCGAUUGUGAUAAUUUAUUUAUAUCCUGCUGUUUUUUGAUAGUUGCAUUGAAUCCGUGUGCACCAUUGUCCUGGGUAAUGCUGUUCCUCUGUGUCGUAGAAUAAACUCUCGUAGUAUUGAAAAGCAUUUUGUUCGUACCGCACUCAGAAGUUACACAGGCCGUUUCCAUGACGAUGGACCUAAACUCAUUCACCACGGCGCAUUCAAAACCUCACUUCACUCUUUAAGUCUUUUAGAGAGGUUUGCAUUCACAUACUGGAGCUGGUUUCUACAAUUUGGAAAAUGUAAAAAAAUUCAAAUGUUAAAAUGUCACAGAAAAAACACAGAAUUUGUUUUCGUAGUAAUUUUAAAUUCUUUGAGCCUUAAUCAAUGUAAUUAUUUUAGCACAAAAUUCAAACUUAAAAUGUGUUCUUAUGUUCAGUUUUUAAAAAGAAAUUUCUAUGUUUUUUAACUGAAUUUGAGAUUCAGUCAAACUCAAAAUCCAAAUUUCUGAAAAUCUAAGUACCAACACUGUAAAACUACUCAAUGUUUUAAAGGCGCUGUACCUGAUUUUUACUUAAAAACAUGAAAAACUGUUUACUUUAAAAUGGUUUGCAGUGGUCCAAAGUUAUUCCUCACUUACCUUAUGCAUUCUGACCAACUACUAGCAUGCUAAAGCGCACUUCCUGAUACUCAGACAAUAAACCGCUUUAUAAUUAGAUGCAGACAGCACGCAGCAGAUAUAUUUUGACCUCAAGAGCUGCUUAUACAAUAUAUAUGUACUAGGGUAAGAAAUCCAUGGGGAAAAAUCGGGUACAGUCAAAGUGGAUCUGUAAAGUGUUAGGUAACAUUGACUUUUGCAGUGAUGGAAACCAGCUCCUCCUCUUUUCUCUUCAUCUGAGUGUAUUUUGUAUUUGAACUUUUUCUUGUUUCCAAACCGUAUCUGGUUUCAAUGAAGUACAAUACCUGAGUACUGUAGUUGUACCACAGUUACUUCAAGCUAACAUUCACAAAGGCCCAGGUCUUGGGAGUUAAAGCUUCUGUGGCCAUCAAAAUUAGGCUCCUUCAAAAUUCUAAUCCAUAAAAGAAAAUGCACAAAAACAAUUAAUCUGAAUAAAUUGGACUUAAACUAUGUUGUUUUUUUGGUGCCAUCUGGUGACUGAUGCUGAAUUGACAAAACAGUAAAAACACAAAGAUGUUUCAUUAGUGAUUGAAUUACUGAAUGGAACAAGAAAUGGAAAAAAGUGUAAUUUGUAAUUGAUGAUAUUUUUUCCCAUGAAAGUUACAGAAGAGUUUUUUUUUUAACACUAAAAUCUGGGUCUCACUUCUGCGGUCCAGACUCUGGUCUCUGGUCCAGUCUCCGGUCCUGGGUCCUGGGUUCUAGGUCCAGACUCCGGUCCUGGGUCCAGACGUCAGUCUUUAGUCUGGUCCACCCCUGGUCUUUAGUCCUGCUCUGCUCCUCAAAGGGCUCUCCUCUGAGUUAAGGGAACACACAUAACGUCGUUGCACUUUUUGGGUACGCUGUAAAAAUGCAGUUGUUUUUCCUGUUUCUUUGCUCUAGGCAAAAGCACAUGUGAGACUUUUGUAUUUGACUGGCUUAAUAAAUCUAUUCUAAAUGUU